AUGUAUCGAGCUUCAUGGCGGGCCUCACGGUUCCAGGACAUCGAGGGCAACAGACGUCACACAUUAUGGCCGUCAGCGCAACCCGGAGACCACGUCGACGCGCUAUAUAUGCCAUGGGCAGUCGAGUCUGAUCAGCGCGUCGUCAGCGUUUUCGAUACAGAGGGUCGUGCGGCACGGAUGAGUGCCAUGAUGGACUCGUCACUCUUCCCCCCUCCAUUUCCACAGGCGGGGGGUGCUCGACAUUCAGCCUGGAUUGGACAGGGCAAAAGAGAUACCUGGCUGGAGCGUGACCUUUCUACCAAAGAGCGCGUCUGGACGGGCGAGUUUGACGUGGAAAGACGGCCCUCAUGGCAAAGCCAUCGGUUUGAUGGCCAGGUCACUCUGGCACAGUUGGCCCAGGAGGAGGCGAGCAAGGUGGUGAGCAUGGAGACAUUUGCUGUCAACUGGGAAGUGGACGAUGUUGAGAACCCACUCAACUUUACCGCGGGACGCAAAUGGUUCAACGCCAUGCUUCUCGCAUUUGCUUGCUUCAUGGUUUCUAUUGCCUCGUCGGGCUUCUCUCAAGGCACAGAACAGCUCAAGACCGAGUUUCACAUCACUCAAACUACGGCUCUCCUCACUACCUCAGCAUUUGUGCUUGGCUUCGCAGUCGGAGCCCUCAUUCUCUCUCCUCUGAGCGAGGUCUACGGCCGUCGCGACCUCUACGUAAUGACCUUUGGUGCCUUUGUUGCCUUCAGCGGCCUCGUCGGUCUCUCAUCCUCGAUGAACGUCGUCAUUGCCCUGCGCUUCUUCGGCGGCCUAGCCGGAUCCUUCACCCAAGCCGUCGCGCCCGCUGUAGUCGCAGACAUGUUCUCCGCACAGGACCGUGGCCUAGUCAUGAGCAUCUUCACCCUCGCCGGACUCGUAGGCCAGAACCUCGGACCCAUUGUGUGCGGCUUCCUCGUCAAGGAGUACGGCUGGCGCGCCAUCCCCAUGCUCAUCUCCAUUGUCUCGGGUCCCACCUGGUUCGUCCUCAUCCUCACAUUCCCCGAGACGUACGCCCCCGUCCUCCUCCAGCGUCGUGCAACCAGGCUCACCGCCGAGACGGGCAAACAGCACGACGUCGCUGGCAUCGCACCAAAGUCGAUUGCGGUGCAACUCCGCGUUGGCGCGCUGCGCCCAUGGAUCAUGCUCAUCUACGAGCCCAUUGUCACUCUUCUGUCGCUUUUCCUUUCCGUUGUUCACGGCACGCUGUUUCUUUUGUUCGCGGCAUACCCCAUUGUUUUCCAGCAGGUGCGCGGUUGGCCACAAGGCGUGGCAUCUCUUCCUUUUCUCGCCAUCAUCGUUGGCAUCAUGAUUUCGCUCGUCUACGUCGCCCUCGUCGACCAAAAGCGCUACGCAAGAGUCGUGUUCCGCUGCAAUGGCGCUGCACCACCUGAAGCCCGUCUCCCACCCGCCAUGCUGGGCUCCGCCGCCCUCCCCAUCGGCCUCUUCUGGUUCGCAUGGACAAACGCGCCCGAGCUCCCCUUUAUGAUUUGCGUCUCCGCCGGCACCCUAUUCGGCUUCGGCAUGGUGCUGCUGUACAUGUCGUUGACAAACUACAUUGUCGAUGCGUACCAAGGUUACGCCGCCUCCGCCCUGGCCGCCAGCACCGUCCUGCGCAGCAUCGCAGGAGCCGUGUUCCCCUUGUUCGGCGCAGAUCUGUACAGGAAUUUGGGAAUUCACUGGGCGAGCAGUUUGCCUGGUUUCCUGGCGCUAGCGUUUAUCCCUUCGCUGUUUGCGUUUUAUAAGUGGGGUCAUGUUUUGAGGGGCAUGACGAGGUUCGGCGCGGAAGCCGCUAGCAUGGCGGGAAGGUAG